CGGUUCGCAAUCCGCCAGACACAGCCGGAACCAAAGAGCAGCGGUGUCGCGGUGCUACGUCGGCUGAUUGAAAACCGUCGGACAACAAGCCAAAAGGUUGAAGUUGCUGAACCUGUCUGAUCUACAGUGUGAUGCUGUUAUAGACAGAAAACAACCAUUAUUUACUUUAAUUAACGACGAUGUGGGUCGCCAGGCGAGUUCUGUCGUCUGUCGCUCAGAGGAGUCAGCAUGCAGGACAGUCUGGAUUAUUCCGUCGCCCUCAGCACGGCUGCCUCCCUGAACUGGAGCCGCGGUAUCUCCAGUGCACAUGUUGCUGGCGGAGCCGGGUUCCCGUGGCAGGCUUCGAGACCCUGAACGCCACCAUCUCCUCCACAUCUGAGCCCUGCAAUGAGGACAACAGAUCCCUGGAUGCCUGCUACACCUCUGAGCAACGAGACGCCAUCCUGCAGCUGCUCAACACCGCCGAGCAGUCAGAGCUGGCCGGUGUCAAGCUCCUCAGAGGCCGCAAGUCUCAAAACCUUGUGGAGUACAGGACUAAAAAUGGACCUUUUAAAACUCUGGAGAGUGUUGUCAAUGUACCGCUGCUGAAGCACAAAAGUGCUGUCACCGUGUUCAACUCCAUCCUCAACCCGGUUAAGAAAGAGAAGAAAGUGAGGAUUCAGUUGGCCAAGUUUAUCAAGCCAGAGGUUGACAGGUCCUGGUUGGAGGAUGCCAGUACCAUUGUGUCACUAGUAUGUGGGACUAAUAAAAUCGCCUGGGCUCAUGUGGACCGUGGGAUGAUGGUGCUGGAUUGGCAACAGCUGGAUUGUCCAAAUUUCUUGAGGGGAACAUACAUGGCUUCUGCUUACUUGACUGAUGUCUCCACAGUUGUGACACUCCUCCCAUCAGCUGACUUUUACAUAAUAGAGAAAUCCUCCAUCUCAGUCCAGAAUACGGCUCUGUUCCCCAUCAUGGCCCACAUGAGGACCGUGGAGGCCAUGCUGUUCUCUCUGCUUGAGCCAAGAAACACACCAGCUGAGGCCAACAUUCCUCCAAGAGUUUUGAACAUGAUGCGACCUGCUGUGGGACGUCACUUUGGACUCAUGGUGGGCGAGUCGCGGACCAGCGGAGCGCCGACAGUGCGACAGCUGAUGACGGAGUCGGUGACACAGACGCUUCCCAGGAUAAACUUCCCCCCGGAGCUGCUGGUGAAGCACAGGAAUUCUUUUCAGAUGGGCAGCAGAAGAGGAGGAGAGGAACUCUGUGACGCUCUGCUUCAGGCUGUGGCUUUUUACGAGCUGCUCAGUGAAUCUUCCAGUUAGCCGACACAUGGACUGAUCUCAUGACCGAACCGUGCACCGCAUCCACCAAAACAAACCUCCUGGGUGGCACUCUGAGCCCUGUCGGACUUUUACCAAACAUUUACCUCUUGAACAGGUUUGGUGGUUGCUGAUGAUAAAUAUUAAGUACUGAAUAUUCUUACUGUUACAUGUUCGGUUUUGACACUUGCACGGUAAAUGCUGACUGCCAUCUUCCUGCCGUCUGAGGUUUUUCACUCCUGUUGGUUUGUAUUAAAAUGUUUUAUGGAUUAUG